GCACGCUCUCUCAGCGGUAGAUUUGGAUUGGACCGGCCCACAUUAGAUGAACAUGGGAGACGAUUUGGGUGACGAGUGGUGGAAACACGAGGGUAAUUCAGAUGUAUCUGAAGGAGAGGAGGAGAAACAUGAAGUGGAACAGCCAACAGAAAAAACAGCGAUAAAAACAAAAUCACAGAAGAGGAAGAAGACGGAAUCAGAAAAGACAGUCAAGGCAAAGAAGGAGAAAAAGAACGAAAAGAAAGAGUGUAUUAUCCCUCAGAAGAAAGAGCCUGAAAAGGAAAAGUUGCCUAAAGCCAAAAGAAAGAGGAAGAAAAAGAAAACUAUUACAGACGUGUUGUCCUCUUCCGAGCCAAAGCCGGGCUCUCCUGCAGACCUGCAGGGUGUGAUCACUCAGUAUUUCUCCGACAAACGCUCUGUGAUUGAGCAGGAGGAGCUCAAACUGCAGGACUCCUGCUUCCUGACCAGCAAUGACUUGACUCACAGUCUGUCCUCAUAUCUAAAACAAGUUUGUCCAAAGUGGGCCAAGAUUCAAAAGCAGCACACAGAGAAGAGCUCCGUGGUUCUGCUCAUCGUCUGCAGCUCUGCUCUGAGAGCCAUCGAGCUCAUCAAGCAGCUGACAACCUUCAAGGGCGAAGCCAAAGCAAUAAAACUUUUUGCAAAACAUAUCAAGGUAGAGGAGCAGGUGAAGCUGCUGCAGAAGGGAGUCACACACAUCGGAGUAGGGACACCAGGAAGGAUCAGUGCUCUGAUUGAGAAAGAUGGUUUAAACCUGCAGGCGUUAAGAUACAUGGUUCUGGACUGGAACUGGAGGGACCAGAAGCUGCGAAGGAUGGUGGACAUUCCUGAGAUCAAACUGGACUUCAUGAAGCUCCUGGAAAGCGGGAUCCUUAGUCGGUGUAAAGAAGACAAAGUGAAAAUUGGACUUUUUUAACUAAACAUUGGAAACUUUUCCGUGUGCUGAUGAAUCCAUGCAGUGUUUUGACAUUUAAAGCUUCAAGCUGAUGUUCCUCACACCACAUUGGGGCCUCUUCCUGUUUGUUCUCCCCUUAUGUCUGUGCAGAAUCUGCACUGUUCUUUUUACUAUUUUCAGAGCUUGUGUCAAAUGUUUGCCGUUUGUUUCACUUUUGUAGCCUGAUGUGAUGUCCCGGUGUGAUGGAUUGAAUAAACGGACUCAGAAUGAAA